ACCGCAAAGGCACAGACAAAUAUUUUGGGGUUGAGGACUUCCAAAUAAAAUUCUUUGAUUCUUACAUUACCAGAAAACAAACAUCGAAAAACCCUUUUAUCUCCCUUCUUCUCCCUUCAAUUUUGAGGUAAAGGAGAAUUUUGCGAAGUAGAAACACGAAGAAAUCCCCUCUGCCGAAAUGCAAGGCGGCGAAGAAUUGACCAUUGAAGAACUCACUUCGAACAUCUCUACCUACAAAGAACAACUACAACAAGUUUUUAUAUGAACUAAAGAUCGGGAUUUCACUUCAAGUUAUUUCUUUUGAUAUUUUGUAUAAAUUGGAAGUAGCGAUGCUAGAGGUUAAAUUGCUCUUGGAGGAUGACCCAGGAAAUUCUGAAUAUAAGGACAUGGAAAAGGAACUUGAAGAGGUAAUUGCUUUGACCGAAGAGAUACUGGAGACUACAAAGCAAAAUCAGAAUUUUCUUUCAGCUAUCAGCUCAAGUGCAAGUACAUCGGACACCCUGCAGAACUCAAAUGGAAUAGCUCAGUAUGAAAUGGAUUCCAUGAACAUGUUAGAUCAACAGGAUAGAUUCCCUGUUGGAACAAAAAUUCAAGCAGUUUGGAGUGAAGACGGAGAAUGGUAUAAUGCAACUGUCGAGGCUUGCACUCCAAUCGGCUACUUUGUUCGCUUUGAUGAAUGGGGAAAUAAGGAAGAGGUCGACCCUGCCAAUGUACGAUUACUUCAGGAUGAAGAUGAUGAUGCGGGUGUUGAUACUUUAUUGAAUGCAGAGAAGGAAGCCGAAGCUACUAAACAGGCCUUGAAACGAAAAAUUGCGCAAGCAGCAACUGGUGACUUCCAGUCACGAAGUUUACCUGCAAAACUUCGUAUAAAUCCUGAUGACCCUGAAGAUGUGAAAGCAGUAAAACGUAAGAAGAUUCAUUCAUUUAAGUCGAAAGUGCGGUUUGAGCAACUAGAGGUGACUCAGAACAAACGUCAAAAUGCUUGGCAGCAAUUUCAAAGUACAAAAGGCCGUGCAAAGAAGGUUGGUUUCUUCUCAGGGCGCAAAAAAGAGAGCAUUUUUAAGUCCCCAGAAGAUCCACAGGGCAAGGUGGGGGUAACUGGAAGUGGGAAAGGCUUGACGGAUUUUCAGAAACGGGAGAAGCACCUGCACCUAAAGGGAGCUAACAUAGACAACGAAAACGGUGAGGCUGAUGAUUAAGCCCUUAAUGGCAUCCUAAUAAGUAAUAACAUGUAUCUAUUUUGUGGGAGUAUUGAGUUAGGAUAGCCUUUAGGCUCUUGUUUAAGACUUUGAAUGUUGUGCUAUUUGCUGGGUUAAAGGUAAAAAUCUGAGAUUCCUUAUCUGUUUUUCAAUUUUAUUUAUAUGUUGGAAUGUAGCUCUGUGGCUAAUUGAACUUUUUACACCCAAUCUUGGCAUGUAAUAAUAUUCUUGGUUUUGAUUUGCCUUGA